GUUUUGACGUCUUAUUUCUGUACACAAUGGAGCUUUCUCUCGCGGAAAUUCGCAAUUUUAUGCUUAAUAAUGGGUGUAAAGUGACUAAUCAUGCUCUGGUGAAGCACUUCAAGGAGUUCCUCACAAAUCCUGAUACUCAAAAUGAAGCGCGGAAGCAGUUCAAGACGUACGUGAACAUUCUCGCGACUAUUCGCACGGAGGACAAGCGCGAUGGCUCGAAUGAGAAGGAGAAAUACUUAAUUCUCAAGCCAAAAUACCUUCAUGAGUGUCCAUCGGAGGACAAUAUUAGUCUGGCCAGUGGCACGCUCAUGAGCCCCGCGUCGCGCUCCAUCUCCUCGGAGAUGGACUUCUCGCCUUCCGGAAGGCAGCCUCCGCCCUAUCGGCCACCGCCGGAUGUCUCUCCCGGCGCCUCAGGCUCGGGAACUCCGGCGAAAGUCGCCGUGCUUGAGCCACAAACCCGCGUGCAGUACAAGGAUUGCAUCAAUGAGUAUCGCACGGCGAUCAUGGCGCUCCAGCGACAGCCCAGCCUCGAGGCUCCGGUGGAGUUGCGCAGGAGCGAGAGUCAGGAGGAUCCGCCACAAGUGCCGCCCAGGAAGCGCUCCAGCGCCGAGAGAUCCUUCUCGAUAGAGAAGUCCAGUAGCGAUGACACUGUGUCGGAGUCCAACAAGGAGAACGUGGCCAUCAUGGAGGAGAUGCUGGAGAUUGCAAAGACAGAGUCAGAGAACAAGAUCAGUGUGAAGGAGGCGACUAAGAAGUUCAAUAAGAUCGCAUCCGAGGAGGAGAAGAUCAUCUCGCCGUCGUCGAAGAAGAAGCCAGAGAAGAUCAUCGACGCCGAGAUAAAUGACCAAGAAGCUUUGGUCUCCGAUCCGAAGGCAAAGGAGUGGCUCGUGAGCGCCGCCAGAUGCAAUUAUCAGGAAUUGUCUAAAUUAGCCUCGGAUAAUCCACGAUUGGUGAAACUUCGGGAGGAGGUGCUGAAAGAGGAAUUGGCGGAGAGAGAAAAAGGAAGAGUGAGUGUGGUGGAGAAAAAGAAGAAGUUCUCCAGGCCACAGGACUCGGAAUUGUGGCCAAGAGAGGCGCAGCCGGGAACAUACAUCAAGACCAUUCUUGUAGUCUUGCACACACAAGGCAAGACGUAUGGCCAGAAGAUGGAUCCGAUGUGCAAUCGUAAAUUACUUGGGGUGCUGUCAUGUUUCGAAGAUGCCCGUGUGUUGGAAACGAAAGGCGAACAAACCACCCCUCAGUGUCGCCAAUCAAAGCCCACACUGACUGUGACUGAGACGUCAGAACUCUACCCAUAUCAUGAGUAUCUUCUCUCCACCAUUCCACCGAAUCUUGCCAUUUGCAUACUUUCCACUCUGAGUUGUGCUGCUGUACGAAUGAAAUUGAUUUUGAGAGGCCCCGAGGAGGCGCCAAAGGAUUGGGAAACACAGUCUGAUGAUGAUGAAUUGAUGGAGAGCGCAGCGAUCCAACAACGUGGCGGCGUCGAGUCCUCGCGGAGUCUGGAGUGGAUCGGAGUGAGAGCGCGAGAGGCUCGCCGGCGAUAUCAGGAGGGAAAAUCAAUCGGAAUUGUCUUCAUGUUCAUGGGGCUAUGUGAGAGAGAGCGUGGAAGGAUGACCGCUCUUCACUGGGCCGCCAAACACGGAAAUGAGAAUGUUGUGAAACUGAUUGCCGGCACUUACAAGGCGAAUGCCAAUGCACAAACGAACGGCGGAUACACGCCACUCCACAUAUCCAUGCAGUUUGGCCGCGAUAACAUCUUCGAACUGCUCCAGAAUGUCUACAAAGUCGAUCGAGAUAUCUUGGAUUGGAGUGGCAAGAAGGCUCUGGACUAUCGUCGUCAGAAGACAGCUGUUUCGGCAUCGACUUACAGCAAAAUCAAGGCAAAGAAAAAGCACACAGAAAGAGAGUCGGGCUUCCUGCGGAUUGGUUCCCUGCGCAAUUUUCUGGGAGUGGGCAGCAGUCAUCAUCAUGGUACACAGAAUCGCAGUCUGAUCCGGAGUAGUGUGCCGUCCAAUAAGUUCGCCACGUCCGCUGAGCGCUUUGACAAACUCCACAAGAGCUGGGGAUCUGCCGACAAUCUUCCUCAUAAUCCCGCAAAUAUGCCGCCGCCGAAGAAUGGCGGCUCUGCGAAGAAGCGUCGCACCAGACGCCAUGCUGACUAUCCUCCCGUCCUGCCCGGCGGUGGCGUGGUGAGCAGCCAGAGCCAGAGCAUGCCUACGACUCCCAAUCAGCCCAGGGCGCCCAUUCACAUCCUCUCAGAACAUCCUCAGGGCAGUUCAAUGGGCGACUCAGACUCGGACUCGGCGUGUGGAUUUGACUCCAACUGGAGUGGCGUCAGACCUACUUAUAUCUAACUAAUUUAUUGUACCUUUUAGUGGCAUUUUGUUGCAUUUACACUUUGCUUACCUUUUAUUCGGCAGAGGGAUUUUUAUCAAUA